GAUUCUCGGUGCCCUGAGUUAGUACUUGCAAUUUUGACGAUAAACAACACGCUAGCGAACUAUAAGUUCAAGGCCCUCUGCAGUCCUUACUUUGACUGAACUGUUCUCUCCCAGCUGCACGAGCUUUGUGGAGAAAUAAGUCACCUGACCUAGGCUAGCUCGAAGUAGCUAGCAAGAGCCUCCACCAUGGCUCGAGGUUGUGGAUGCAGCAAGGAGGCCUUUCGGAUCAUUCUAUGGAUGAGCUGGGUGACAAACAUGAUUAUCACCACUCUCUACUAUCUGCUAUCCGGGGUGACCUUCUUCAAGCUGCUCACGGCGUCCGGGGAGGCUGCCCUGGAUAUCCAGUCUCUGGUCUUGAACCGGGUGUGGCGUGCGCCGCUGGCGGCCACCUUCCUGGGAGCUCUGUUGGUGUUCGGCUUCAACAUGUUCAGCUGCUGCAUUCUGAUCAAGAAGUCGAUCAACCGGAGCGGGCCAGGAUUUGGUUACGGCUUCCUGGUGGCCUUCUGCUUCACGCUGGCGUUCUUCUGCCUGCUCGUGGGCCUCAUCAUGGACAGCUUCAAGAACACCGUCGAGGACAACCUAACAGGGUUCACGUCAUGGACCAAGUACAGCACGGAGCUGUACAUCGCCACCGAGGUCUUUUGCUUCAUUUGCUUUGUCAUGUUCAUGUUGUUCUUCCUGGUGCUGGUCAUUCUUCAGGGCGCCAUCACGGACCACCUGGGCAUCAACACCGAGAUGACCAACCCGUACGUGCCCAUGGCGGACCCUGCCGCCCUGGGCCUCACUGCUGCCGGCGCGGGCGGUGCAGUCGGCCUGGGCGCCACCGUGGGCGCCGGCACCAGCGACGGCAAGGGUAUGGAGGGGGACGCACAGUACACCACGCAGUACAACCCAAACGACUACAUGACCAGCGACCAGUACAAUCAGUACUACAGCAACCAGUACAACCAGGCCAGCGACGCCUACCAGACCACCACCGAGUUCAACCCCACCAGCGAGUACGCCUACGACCAGGAGCAGGGCUACCAGGCGCCGUACGACGCCGCUGGCUACAGCGCCAUGCCUGCUGGCGGCGCUGCUGGCGCCACCACGCCCCCUUACGCGGCCGCUCCGCCGCCGGCGUAUGACAACGCGGCGACGGCCAGCGCAGCCUUCUACGGGCAGCAAGGCGCAUACGCCGCGCCGGCAUACUCGACUGCUGCCUCGGCACGGGAACCAAUCCUGUAAUCGGUGUGGUCACGUGCAUGAAACUGAGUUUGUGGACGGGUAGCGCGUAGCGGAUACCAGUGGUCAGGACAAAUAUUUGUUGCAGCCUGGGGCCUGGGUUGCAUUAGGUGCAAGGGCGGAGGUGGGUGUGAGCGAGGUGGGCGUCGACGUAGAGGUGACCUUUCAGGACCGUGACAGUAUGACUGGGACUGCGUCCUAAGACGUGACUUCAGUAGCGCGCGCAUAAUGAUUUGGCAAUGUGGGUGCGUGCGUGUCGAUGACAAGUGGUGAGGGAGGGUACCCUUAAGUGGAGUGGCAGCACAUUCCAUGUGCUCUUGGGGACGUGGACGUGACUGCGAAGCUUGAACGGAAGCUAGGUCGAUACGGGCUGUGUAUGUGGCAUUGUUCCAAACAGGGGAGGUCUAAACUGCGGGCGGUUUAUCAUCAGGGAUUUCCGGGGCCAGUGUCCGUGCAACAGAACUAUCUGCCUAAGCAGUGGCGGCCCAGCGCACACAAUGUGUAACUGCCCAAGCCU